CCGGGCGGCGCGGACGAGUGGAGGGACUUGGUGGUUGAGGCUGGGGAGGCAGCGAAAUUCAUUUUGGCUCAGGCUGGGCUGGAACUCCGGCCUUCCAGUCGCUGCCAGGGUUUGUGCUGAAAAGGAGAAGGCGGCAGUGGUCGCGUGUCCCGGGUCAUUGCGGCUGGGAGAGUCCCGGCCAGAGGAUCUGCGCGUGCCCCGACGGGGCGUGCGGAGCAGGCAAGGAGGAGCUGAACCAUCGCGGAGCGCAGGUUGCUUUCCUGUGGCAUCUUUGAUAUAGUUUCCUAGACUCUACUCCAUGAUUUAACUCAGAAUUUUGAAAUGAAGAUGGAGGAGGCUGUGGGAAAAGUCGAAGAACUCCUUGAGUCCGAAGUCCCACCAAAAACAUCUGAACAAGAGACAGCCAAGGAGGAAGAUGGAUCUGUAGAACUAGAACGUCAAGUUCAGAAAGAUGGUGUAGCAGAUUCUACGGUUCUUUCUUCAAUGCCUUGCUUGUUGAUGGAACUGAGAAGAGACUCUUCUGAGUCGCAGUUAGCAUCCACAGAGAGUGACAAGCCAACAACUGGCCGAGUUUAUGAGAGUGACUCCUCUAAUCACUGCAUGCUUUCCCCUUCCUCUAGUGGUCACCUGGCUGAUUCAGAUACGUUGUCUUCUGCAGAAGAGAAUGAACCCUCCCAGGCAGAAACAACUGUAGAAGGAGAUGCUUCAGGAGUGUCUGGUGCCACAAUUGGGCGCAAAUCUAGGCGAUCCCGAUCUGAAAGUGAAACAUCCACUAUGGCUGCCAAGAAAAACCGGCAAUCCAGUGAUAAACAGAAUGGCCGAGUUGCUAAGGUUAAAGGUCAUCGGAGCCAAAAGCACAAGGAGAGAAUCAGGCUACUGAGGCAGAAACGGGAGGCUGCUGCGCGGAAGAAAUACAACCUGCUGCAGGACAGUAGUACCAGUGAUAGUGACCUGACUUGUGACUCAAGCACAAGCUCGUCAGAUGAUGAUGAAGAGGUUUCAGGGAGCAGCAAGACAAUCACUGCAGAGAUACCAGAUGGACCUCCAGUUGUAGCUCAUUAUGAUAUGUCUGACACCAACUCUGACCCAGAAGUGGUAAAUGUGGACAAUUUAUUGGCGGCUGCAGUAGUUCAAGAGCGCAGUAUUUCUGUAGGAGGCCAGGACACAGGAGCUACCUGGAGGACCAGCGGGCUUCUAGAGGAGCUGAAUGCGGAGGCAGGUCAUUUGGAUCCAGGACUUCUAACAAGUGACAAAACAUCUGCUGGCAAUGCACCACUCAAUGAAGAAAUUAAUAUUGCUUCUUCAGAUAGUGAAGUGGAGAUUGUGGGGGUUCAGGAACAUGCAAGGUGUGUUCACCCUCGAGGAGGUGUGAUUCAGAGUGUUUCUUCAUGGAAGCAUGGCUCAGGCACACAGUAUGUUAGCACCCGGCAAACUCAGUCAUGGACUGCUGUGACUCCCCAGCAGACUUGGGCUUCGCCUGCAGAAGUUGUUGAUCUUACCUUGGAUGAGGAUAGCAGACGUAAAUACCUACUGUAAUACGAUGUCACUGUGUUUCCUCUGCACUGUUACCCUCCACUUCCUCCUCCUUUUUGUGGCACGGAAGUUCAUUGUCAUAGCUUCAGCCUCAGAAGCUGUAGGUGGCAUUUGUAGAAUUGAAACUCAUGGAAAAUUGUCUCCCCCUCCUUUUUUUUUUUUUUCUUCCUUAAAUUAAAAAAGUCACUUAGGAAAAUAACUUAUCAACAGAGAAAAGAAUUUUUCUUUUUUCCCCUCAGUAAGAACAUGAGAAUGAUGUCUUUUAUUAGACAAACUUCAUUUUAUUUGGUGAAUUCUAGUUCUAGAAAACAGCCUUCCUUUUAGAAUAAUAUUUUAAUUACCAGGUAAAAUAGAUUUCAGUUUUUGAAUCUUGUAUUUAUUUUUCUUUGCAGUGAAAUUACUAUCUAACUUGACCACUAUCAGCCCACCCAUUGGCACUCCCACCUUAGAACAUUUGCAUACAUAUCCGUCAGGUCCUUAUUGGCAUCUAGUAGGGCAUGUUCAUUUAAAAACCUGUCCUUUAAAAUGGAAGACAGAAGUUUUACUUUUUUUCUUUUAGCUUAAAUCUUCUGCCUUCUUUCCUGACUUUGCUCCUGGUUGACUUCCCACAAUGCAAAUAAUCGAUGUGCCCCUUUGUGUUUAUAAAUACUGUUGAGGUGACUUAGUUGGUCUCCUUGUUGCAAUAAUCUACAGUUCUUUGGAAAAUGUCUCCUUUGGGGCAGAGGCAUUUCAGAUAGAUAACCCACCAUGAGGUUUUCUGGGCAUCUGAAAUGAGUAUUGAGAGAGAGUGGGAAAAUCUCUCUCUCAACCUUCUUUCCUGGUUUAUUGAAACAGCAGAAGAACUUAGAAACCCGUUACUUAGAUAGAAUAUAAAAAGUUGCAUGGCUUCUAAAGGCCAUAGGCACUUGCAAAUCAGAAGAGAGUGCCUUCUUUCAUAGCUGGUCUUCCCAUAAAGGGUAUAUGACAACCGUUUAACACCUGAGCCGAAGUUGACCUGAUUUGGGUAUUUUUCACCUCUACCUUCUAAAAGUAGAAAAAUCAAAAUAUACCAUAAGAAAUCCAAUGUGAAGCACAUUAAUGGCACUGUAGGUUUUACAGUAUCUGAAAGAAAUAACAAAGGGGUUAUUUCAGGGAAUUCAGGAAAUACCAGCAUUGGAGUUUUGUGGCAUUAGUUACUACCUUUAGUCCUAUAACAUGUUGUAGUUACUAGUGAAUUCUUUUAAAAGCAAUACCUAGAGUUAGAACACUAUGUACUGUGCACAGGAGGAGUGAAGUAAUGUUUGGCUUAGAAGACCUCACCUUUUGUUUUUUACAGUGUGUGUGUUUUUGUUUUUGUUUGUUUGUUUGUUUUUCCUUUUUAACCAUAUGAUGUUGCUGUGGCCCUUUGCCUCCUUUUCCAGAUGCCUUGGUGGCUCUUCCUCAUCCUAAGAGCAUGAGAACCACAGUUUUCAUUAUUCAUUCAGCAAAUGCGCAUUUACCAAGUGCCUGUUCUGUGUAAGGCACUGUGUGGGGUGCGUGCUGUGGGAGCUGCUAAGAUGAAUGAGGCACACCCUGCAUGCGCAUGCAUCGGAGUCUGCCUGGCUCCACCUGCCUGCCCCCCCCCCCCCCUUUUUAAGGACAAGUUUAUUCCCUCACCCGUCUUCCUUCUGCUUUCUGUUCUUCUGCAUAUCCCGUUCUCCAGGGGAGUGUAUUUGAGCAUGUGUUCUUUGAUCUCCAAUAGAUCUCAUUUUAUCUGGCCUCUGUUUUUCAUCGCCUUUUUAUCAUUCAUCAUCUAUUUUUCAUAGAUCAGGCUGUUAAGAUUAUGAACUUCUAGUUUUAGCACCUCAUAUGUCAGUCUCUCAUAUGGCCACAAUUCUAGAAAAACCAAAGAUCCAGAGGCCAGAGCGAAAUAGGACCUUCUGCAAAUUCACUACUAGUAUAUCCCUUGGAUUUUCACAUUUUACUUUAGGGUUAAUUUAUUGAAUUUUACUGUUACACAUCAUUUUGACUUGAAUUAAAAUGCUAGACAAAGCAGAAAUGUACCAUUUCUGGUCUGUGUUUUCCAGGAAAUCAUUGGAAAGAGAAUAGGGUAGAUUAUAUGACUUGAAGUUUUUGCAACUUAUUAUUUUCCCCAUUAUCAGGUCAUAGCCCCAUUUUACAGAAUGUUUUUGCAUUACCUGUUCUUAUGUUAACAGUAUGUUUUGUCUAAUCCCCAUACAGCAGGCAAUUUCCUGUGGCAUACUUUUCUUUAGCCCCUACUAGUCGUACUCUAAAGGGAGAACUUUAUUGGUGUGCUGCGUCACUGUGGAUUGGGAGCAGAGUUGUAACCAAGCUCCUCUUUGGCCUUCUGCUUUAACAUCAGAUUGUACUCCCCCCAACCCCACUCCUUCCUAUUCAAGCACACUGAUGACCUGACUUGAUGUACCAGAUCAGAGAUUUGAAAAUUAAGAUGCAAAAGGCGGGGAGGGAGGAGAGUGGUAGAAACAAAAGUGAACUCUCUUUCCUACUAAAUUGACACUUUUCUUUUUUAACUAUAGAGAGUAGGUAUCAAUUCUUCUUUCACUGCUAGAUCCAAAAGAGGGGGGGUAUGUGGUUUCUGGCACCGUAUUAAUGAUAAAACUCUGUGGUAAACAACUUAUGUGACGUUUGAAAUUUCUUCUAAAAGGAUUUUUUUAAACUAAAGUUUUUCAUUUAGUAGCAUAAGUGGUUCUUCAUAAUUCACAGGCCAUUUUCUAUUCAGACUAACAUCUGUUAAAAUGGUGGACUUGGUCACAGAUUGGUUUAUGCCACAGAUUUGGUUAAGUCCCUCUUCCCCUCCUCUUUGAAACUACAGAGCAGUAACCUAGCUUAUUACAUUAUCAUGAUUGCCUUGUAACGUAAUUGCUGCUCUCCAGUGGGUAUCUUUUCAUUUUGAUCAAAGGGGCCAGACUCAGUGGACUCCAUGUUCUUUACAAUUGAGCAUCCCAUAAACUCUGCUUUCAUUGUUAUCAAUUGUGAAUAUAAAUUAUCUGAUUUGCUAAUUUAGUCAGUUCAUCGUUACUUUUAGCAGAUUAGCACCAUAGGUAACUUAAAAUUAAUGAGUUUGUUGCCUGCUUUUUAUACUGUUUCACAAGGUUUUUGAAAAAGCUGGGGACACAAUUUUGUCUUUCA